UACCUAUAAUGCACUGCGAAUGUACUUCCCGGUAGGGGUGUGGCAUACGUCUGGGAAAGGGAAUUGCUGAUUUAAUUUUGAAUACGGAGGUUGGAUGUGGGGCUUGUGGAUUGUAGGGGUAGAAGUGAACCGUAGUUGUCUGGGACCCAUAGACCAAGGUUUAUAUGACUAUUAGGGGGACGUCAUCGUGGAGUUAAAACUGCCACCACCGGAGGAGGUACCGCCUUGGAGGGGGACAAGGCCGCAGCUCCAGCAUCUGUCACCUCGACCACCCGGUAACGGUCUGACUUACUGGAACGAUGCUUAGCAUUAAUCCCCUGGAGAACCUGAAGUUGUAUAUCAGCAGCCGUCCACCUCUUGUGAUUUUUAUGAUAAGUGUAAGCGCUAUGGCCAUUGCCUUCCUGACACUUGGAUAUUUUUUUAAGAUCAAGGAGAUAAAGUCCCCUGAAAUGACAGAGGAUUGGAAUACAUUUCUUCUGAAGUUUAAUGAUCUAGAUUUAUGUAUAUCGGAGAAUGAAACACUGAAACAUCUUGUGAAUGACACUACGACUCCUGAAAGCACUGUGACAAGUGGCCAAACCAGGUUGUCCACCCAGUCACCACAGGUUCUUGAAGAGUCUGGACCAAUAAAUAUUUCUGUUUCAAUUACCCUUACAAUGGACCCCCUCAAGCCAUUUGGAGGAUAUUCACGUAAUGUCACUCACUUAAGCACCACCAUUUUUGGUCACCAAAUAGGACUUUCAGGUAGAGAAGCAAAUGAAGAGAUCAAUAUUACUUUCACUUUGCCUGUUGCGUGGAACUCUGAUGACUGUGUUCUGCAUGGUCAUUGUGACCAAGUGUUUUAUAGUACAUGUAUGACGAUUACAGCUGCAAACAGCGUGUUUCCAGUCACUGUUCAGCCACCACAUUGUAUUCCUGAAACAUACAGCAAUGCUACAGCAUGGUACAAGAUCUUCACCACAGCCCGAGAUGCAAGUGUAAAGUACUCACAAGAUUACAAUCCCUUCUUCUGUUAUAAAGGAGCCAUUGGAAAAGUCUAUCAUGCGUUGAAUCCAAAGUUAACUGUGAUAGUUCCAGAGGAUGAUCGAUCACUUAUAAAUCUGCACUUGAUGCAUACGAGUUACUUCUUGUUUGUAAUGGUGAUCACCAUGUUCUGUUACACAGUUAUCAGAGGCCGACCAGGAAAACUGAGGCAAAGUAAUACAGAAUUUUUACCUGAGAAGGUUGCUCUGUCAGAAGCAUAAUCCAAGUUGAUAAAUGGUAGAGACCGUACUUCCAGUUGCCUGCUGUACCCCAAAUGGGUGAACACUCUGAAUGCAUUAUUUUGCAAUGUUGGUUUAGUCCAACCAAAGACGUUUCAAGUGCCUGUAAUUGAUUUGUAUAUAUUUAGGAGUAUAUACAGAGUGCGGGUCUGAAGAUGCACUUGAGUUGCACAGUAGUGCAGCUAUAUUACAUCGUACCCAUUACCUGUGGAUAUAUUAGAAUGUUUCAGUAAAUAGAAUGCUCAUUUAUGUUGCACUUGAAACAUGACAUGAUUAUCUAGCAGCACUGAAUCUGCGUAAAGUGAGCAGUGUUUCCUGGAAAAAGUCUGUUUCAAGUUCUGCAUUUAUCCGUUUUAGUAUGCACUGUGUAAAUAUACAGCCUCCUUUUACUGCAGUCUCCAGCAACAUCAGUUGAGUUGUUGGAAUCUGAGUAUAUAUAAUUUGAUUUGCUGCGUGCUCAUUAAGAAGCAUCAGUCUUCUACAUCUUUGAAGAAAAGAAAAAAUAAAUUUCACCACUGCGAUAAUUAAGCAAUCGUUUGUGUUAAAGGCAUAUAGAGUUCAUUCUGAAAUUAUCAUUAUCCGCUGGAGAGUGCUGAAUACACUAUGCCUAAAUACUACACAAGUUAUUUUUUUCCCUCCCCAAGCCAUUUCUUGUACGUUGCAUGUGGUUUGUAUUGUAAAGACUGAUGCAUUUUGAGAUCAUAAAUCUUGUACUGCAGUACGUUAAUACUUCCUUUCAUAGUUUCCUUUUGAAUGCAGUAGGUAAAGCUUAAUAACUGUUGUGUUAUAGUUGUGUGAACAGGCCAUUUAUAGUAGCUAGUUUCCAGUUACAUUUUUCAGAUGAUGCUGGGAAGACUAUUCUGUUAGAAUUCAUUGAACAUGCACUACAGUUCAGCACUGUCCUAGGGACAACAAACAUGUCCAUAUUCUGUUUCUACUGCUAACUACUACUUUAGUUAUAGCCCUAAGGUGUUGAAAAUCGGGCCAACAUGAAAGUAUUUAAAAUGGCUGCCACUGAUUUGCUCGAUCUGUUUUCACAUGAAACAUUUGAAUAUUUUACAUGAAACAUGAUCUCUAAGGUUAAAAUGUUUGAAUUGUAGAUUUUAAGUCCUUUUUUCUGUAAGCACUUUAAUGUUUCGAGUUCAUUAAGAAGUGGAGGUAAAACAGUUUUCCACAGACUUCAGUACACAGAACAGCAUUUUUAAUGCAGCUGAUGCUGCUUAACAUGACUUUGUCAUACAUUUAUAGUUUUUAACUCAUAUUUUUGAAGUUUUCUGGGACAAAAUAGAUUUUUCUCUGAAAAUGUGAUACUAAAAAUGUUUGCUGUAUUGAUAGUGAUGGAUGAAUAUUGUUCGAGUAAAUUGGGAGAAUGAUUGCAUUCUUGAUAGCAAUAAAGCAGUAUUUUUCUUUCAUCACAAUACAAGGUUAAGAUGAUGUUUCACAGACAAAUCUGUGAAACUGAGUUUUCAGUUACACUUGUAUGUUUAUUUUACACCCCUUACCCAUGCUCAUCACAGAUGUCUUACAGGUUUGGCAGUCAAGAUUUGGAGGUACAUAUUUAACUUUUGAAAGAGAAUCUGAAGAUUUAUAGCUUCACUUGAACGUGUAUGGGGGAUGGAGGAGACGGUGAGAAACAUAUUUGUGUUAAUACGUACCUCUGAUGUCCUCUUCAUUUCAUUGACCUGUAAGUCUCGGAUUGGAUCAUUGGGAACUGAUCGUCCACUUUUCUACAGCUUGAACUUCCUGACUUGAGCUCCUCCCUAUACCCACAAUGCCCUGCUCUCCCAGCAUACCCACAGAUCUCAUUUGCCAUGCUUAGCUUCAGCAGCAAGUUUGCUUGGCUCUUGAGAUUCCUACAGUAGAGUUGGUUUUUGUGUUUUUUUUCCUCUUCUUCCUCGGCUAUGUUCAUCUUUAGUCAUCCUUGUAGUUUACUUCUCCCUUGUAGUCUGUUUUCUCUGCGUUUAGUCUUCUCUGUCCAUUCUGUUUUUCUCAGAGAGAGAAAAUAACAUUUUCUUUUUCUCCGUAUCCUUUCUUUUAAGGAUGUUAGAAAAAAAAUGGAAGGGUUUAAAAAAUGCACUUCCUGUGGGCGGAAGAUCCCCUUGUCUGAGGGAGUGUUUAUUGCAUGGGGCCUACUCAUCUUGAGGCCCCUUGCACUAUUUGUCAGGCCUCCCACACCCAUGCUCUGGCUGACAGGAGUAAGCUGGUUCUUAAAGGGUUGCUUCUUCCUUCACCUCUGGGUGCCUUCAACUUCAGUGGUUCAUUCCCCUCCUAAGAGGCCCAAGGAGACCCAGGAGUGCAGGAAGCACUCUCCUCAUGCAGUCUUCCUCGGAGCCUCCUAAGAAGGCUCUAAAAUGUUCUGAACCGGCUGUUCGACUUCUUCCCAGGUCAUCCUUCAUUCUCCUGAGGCCGAGUGGUUCCUCACCAGCUCUAACUGUGUUCCUAGUUUGCUGCUGACAGGCCAGGUUCCUAGGUCCUGAUCCUGCUUUCCCAGGGGAUUUGAGACACCUGUCAGCUGCUUCUAGGUCUUCCCAGAGCCUAUCUUCAAAGGAUGUCUGCAGACUGAUGAGGCAUUUCCUUGAGGCCCAGAUUCAGAUGGGGCUUGUCCACUCCGUCCACAUCUGGUUCCUUGAGGGUUUCAACUUUGGCUCCUACAAUUCACCCUUCGAAUUCAGAGUCUUUGGUGCCAUUUGUGUCUGGUGCCAAAGUGUCAGAACCAAUAGAGAUUUCUUCUUUACCACUAUUUCCCUGAUCUGCUUGGCUCCUUUGCCUUUGGUUCCAAGGAUGUCUCGGAGCUGCAGAGUCAAGGUCAGAUCCUGGGGAAGGGCAUCGACUCCGAAGCUUUCAGAGCCUUCACUUCCCCUUGGAUCUUUGGCUUUUGACAGCUCAGCUCCGGCUCAGACUCCUCCUGUGAAGCAGGGGGUUCCAGCUCUCUGGAAGGUUUGUUGCAGUGGCCUCAGCUCCUGUGGGACUGCUUUCAGUAGCUUGGAGACCUUCGACUUUUGAUUUGAAGUGGUGGCGAGGGUUCUUUCCCAGCCAAGGAGACCCUCAGCACUUUCUGCCUUGGUACCUCCCCCUCCUCAUUCUGGUUUGGUGCCCAAAGCCUCCAGUCUGCCGCAUGAACAGGCGGUUCCCCAGAGCCUCCACAUUCUUCUCACUGUGGAACCCCGGGCAUCUUCUAAUACCUCCCUGGAGGGUCCCACUGAGGAGGUUUCCCAGAAGAGGCUGUGUAUAAGGAGAUUAAUUGAUUCCUCUAUGGAAUCUGUCACCAUGGGCACAUAUUUUGAGGAGGGAGAAGGGUUCCCAAAGUCCCCACCAAACGACUCCCCCUUUUGGAGACAUUUUAGAAAUCUUGCGCCAUUGUGGUGGUUGGGCAGUCCAAAACCCUUCCCCAGAAGAAUCUGUUGUGGGAAGCUUUUGGGUCCAGCCCAUCUACAACCUGGACCCCCCCCCCCCCCCGGCUGACCAGUUUUUCCAGCUGUUGUCUUCCAGCGCUUGGAAGGAGCCAGAGACCAUCUUAAAAUGAGCGGACAAGAUUUUUAGUGCCCCCACAGAUAAGCUGUUUUGGGCCAAGGGUAUCCCUGUCGAUGCCAUGGUUGUUGCAGCAGCCACCAAGAAGGAGCUUGCCGAUGAGAGCUCCUCUGUCCAUCCCCCGAAUAGAGAAUGCUAGGCUUUGGACAGACUUGGCAAAAGUUUGCCUCUUCCACGUUCACCUUGAGGGCGUUAAGCUAUUUAUCCCACUUUGCAAGGCUACAAAAGGGACUUAAUAAAGGAACUUUCUAGCUCGACCCCAGGGUCCAUGUCCGCUGAGGAUCAGAAAGCCUUUUCCUCCAGACUGUCCACCCUUCAGUCAUUAGCCAAUGUGUCCAUGAGUUUAAUUUCCCAUGCUGCAGAGGGUACUUCAGGGGCUGUGGAUUCGGGCAUUGCCAUGAGGCAUCAUGCUUGAAUGAGGGUGUGUGAUUUUGUGGAGCAUUUCAAACAAGCCUUUAUUAAUGCCGCCUUUGGCUCCACCUUGUUUUUACCAGCUGUUGAGGGGACCCCCCCCCCCCCAAGAGUGAGA